AUGGUAAAGUUAUUUUCAAGGAAUUUAAAGUUUUUAUUACAUCCACCAUCUUCUUCUUUUUAUUUUUGGACGAGUGAUUUAGCUCAUCAAGAAAACAAAUUGCAAGCAGUAGAGGGCCAUUUGUCUUCGGAAUCUUCUGAUGUCAAGUUUUUCUGUAAAAAACGUUUAAGUCUCCUCUCCAAGCAUUACGUGUCAACAAAUGGUGCUGACACUCAUCUGUUAAAAAGUGUCGAUGAAAAACAUGUAAAUAAUUCAUCUAGUUUGGCUCAGGAUAAAGAUAUGGUACAGGAAAGGACGUGCUCUACACGUACAACGUCAUCCCAGGGCAGUUCAGCAACUGCAAAUGAUGCCGGUGAAAAGACUUCUGCAUCAGUUAGCCGCUCAUUGCUAAGGCAUACAUUUCGUGCGGAAAAUUCUUCAACUUCAGCCGCUGUCAAACAUACUGAUAGCAACAAAAUUAUUGCUGACAGAGAAGGUGAAGUAGCUGGCUUGGCUCAGUGUCGUAUUUUCACUCCGCUCGAUCAACGACGAAUUACUUCAAGCCAGUCAGCGUUUGCAUUAUCGUCCACAUCGUCACUUUCAACACAAGGUGUCCAUCAGGAUUCCAUGCAUUCAGACAUUUCUGUUGCUAACUGUUCGUUCUCAAAGCGAAACCGGUUCACUGAACAUCUGAAUCAGCAAUUUCCUGCCCCACUGCUCCGAACCUUUAAACCAGGUCGUUCUAUCAUUGACAUCGUUGAUCAGGAAAAAAUGCAGAAGUUGACCAGUGCAAAUUAUUGCUUGCCUGCGAACUCGAAACCAGUUGUAAAACCAAAACCUUUGGGAUUAAGACGUGAGCGCAGUGAUUUGACAGAUGUUUAUGGUUCACAUAUCGUUGCUCACUACAGCGAGCAUGGAACAAGUGCUGAUAUUACGAAUGGUAACAAUGAUGGUAAUAGCAUUCGACGGGCUUUGGUACCACCAUCUGCCUGUCUCGAUGAAAAUGUCUUGCGUAAAUGCCUGGAAGAAUUAAAAAGGAAAAGACAAGAUGGCAUGGCCCUAACUUCCGAAGAAGGUUCAGGAGCACAUCAACAGUUUUCCCAACGCAACCAUCGUAGGGAAGCAAAUGAAAGUGAUUUGGGCAGUGUAAAUAUUGUUUUAAGGGCACGAUCCGGUGAGAGUUAUCGAACAGAUCAGCGUCGUUUAUCAGUUCCUGAUUUGGUAGAUCUGCAGCAUUUAUCGUCGAACAGUGUUGGCAGUGGAGUUACAGCGACAGCUAAAGCAUUGACGUCAAAGUUCGGUCGAAAUCCUGGAACGGGAGAACUGCAGACAAUAAAUGAAGGUUUGGUGAGUCCGUUAGUACGAUGCAAACAGUACGUAAAAGAUGUACAAAAAAAUGAUGUUGCAAACGAUUGGUGUAGUGCUGGUUUUUCGCAGAAGCCUUCACCGCCUCAUAAGAAGUUGCCAAAGCAAGCUGAGCAAAAAUCUGUAAGGAAUGAUAAUUUGCGAUCUGUGGAGCAAAUGUUUUCUAGGAAGUUAGUCACGCUUUCAUCCAGUUUUUGA